UGAUAAUUUUCAAAUACCCGUUCACACCACGGUUUAUCCCACAUUAAAAACACAUGGUCGGAGGGAGAGAGAGAGAGAGAGAAUCGCGAAAAGGAUCUUACUAUUACUUCAUCGUAUGUACACCAAAUCCAAUCCAACAUCCUUCGUUAUUACUAUUAUCCGUGGUCGUGAAUUCCUUCGUUACAAUGAAGGAACCCACGAGAAAACGGCGCAUUAAUAAGAACGAAGAUGGUUCAAGCCAGAAGAAGAAAAAGAAGAAGGGACUGAAAAACAUCCUCAGUCUCACAACACUUAUGCUAGCGAGAGAUGAAGAAGAAAUGAAGAAGAAAAAGAAGGACAUGGAGGAUGGUUACUACAGCGAUGUGGAAGAGUCCAACGCAAAGAAGAGAAAAAAGGUCGGCGGCGGCGGUGAGUCGGGGAGUCAGCGGCGGGUUUGGGUGAAGGAGCGUUCGGGGGCGUGGUGGGAGGAGUGCGAGAAAGCUGAGUUUCCAGAAGAAGAGUUCCGGAAGGCGUUCAGAAUGGGGAGGGUGACCUUUGGAAAGCUUUGCGAGGAGCUGAAUUCGGCGAUCGCUAAGGAAGACACGUCGCUGAGGAGCGUCAUUCCGGUGCGGCAGAGGGUGGCGGUGUGUCUGUGGCGGUUGGCGACCGGCGACCCUCUGAGCGUGGUUUCGAGAAGAUUCGGUUUGGGAAUAUCCACUUGCCACAAACUGGUUCUGGAAGUUUGCAGUGCGAUAAGAACAGUGCUGAUGCCCAAGUAUUUGCAAUGGCCUAACGUUGUUGGGUUGAGAGACAUAAAGGGUGAGUUCGAGAACAUUUCUGGGAUCCCCAACGUUGUGGGGUCCAUGUUGACUUCGCAUGUUCCCAUCAUAGCGCCCAAGAUGAGUGUGUCUGCGUACUUCAACAAGAGGCACACCGAGAGGAACCAAAAGACUUGUUACUCCGUUACGGUUCAGGGCGUGGUUGAUCAUAGAGGGGUUUUCACGGACGUCUGCAUUGGGUGGCCAGGGUCCAUGGCUGAUGAUGAGGUCUUGGAAAAGUCAGCGCUUUUUCACAGGGCCAGUAACGGAGGGCUUAAUCUGAGUGGGGUUUGGGUUGUUGGGGGCUGUGGCUACCCUUUGUUGGAUUGGGUUUUGGUGCCUUACACGCAGCGGAACCUCACCUGGACGCAGCACGCUUUCAAUGAGAAGAUUGGGGAGGUCAGGAGGGUCGCUAAGGACGCCUUUGGGAGGUUGAAGGCUAGGUGGGGGUGCCUUCAGAAGAGGACUGAGGUCAAGCUUCAAGAUUUGCCUCUUGUGCUUGGGGCCUGUUGUGUGUUGCAUAAUAUUUGCGAGUUGAAGAAUGAGGAAAUGGAUCCUCACUUUUUCAGCAUUCUUCAUCAUCAUCAUGAUGAUGAUGAUCUUGAUGAUCAUGCUAACCUGGUGGAACCAGAGGUUGCCUCCAGAUCUGUUAGCUCCUUCAAGGCCAGGGAUGCUAUCGCGCAUUACCUUUUGCACCAUGGACUUGCUGGCACUUCUUUUCUUUGAUUGGAACUGAAAAUUCAUCAAGGUUAAUUUCAGACUUAAGAUGAUUAUGUAUAAUUCUUUAGCUUGUUUUUAAUUCUAGAUAUACUUACGUGUCAUUGUUUGUUCAAAGGGAGCUUUGUAACUAAAUGGUACAGUAUAUUCGCCCCUCCCACAAAUGUAUGAUUAAUUGUAAUCGUCAAUGUCAGGGUUUUAUGUAUAAGGUUCAGGGGCUUUUAGUAUUCCAGUUCCUUUAUUUA